UCGGCCCAGUCGGCGGUCGGACGCGGCGCGCCGCGGAGCUCGCACGCGUGAUGCGCGCCAUCUAACGUAUUAUGUUCCUACCCGACCUCCCGCGAGCCUGCAUGGUGGACGACGUCGCAACCUACCUUCAAGCGCCCUCCUCGGGACAGGACGAAUUCCAUCCGUUCAUAGAGGCCCUGAUGCCUUUUGUAAAGUCCUUUUCAUACACGUGGUUCAAUUUGCAAGCGGCCAAGAGGAAAUAUUAUAAAAAACACGAAAAACGGAUGAGUCUCGAAGAGGAGCGGCAUACUAAGUAUGAGUUACAGAACGAAAAAGCAGAAGUGAAACAGAAAUGGGCGUCAAGAUUAUUAGGGAAGCUGCGCAAGGAUAUAACGCAGGACUGUCGAGAGGACUUUGUUCUCAGCAUCACGGGGAAAAGACCAGCCGUCUGCGUCCUAUCCAAUCCAGACCAGAAGGGAAAGAUGAGGAGGAUAGACUGCUUACGACAAGCAGAUAAGGUGUGGCGCCUAGACCUAGUAAUGGUAAUCCUUUUCAAAGCGAUACCAUUAGAAAGUACAGAUGGUGAGAGAUUGGAGAAACAUCCAGAAUGUACGCAGCCAGGCCUCUGUGUGAACCCUUACCACAUCAACGUAUCAGUUAGGGAACUGGACCUCUACCUUGCGAACUUCAUCAAUAGCUAUGAUAUCCUAAGCGGUUCCUUAUCGCCAAACCCGCCUAGGGACAAAGAGAAUGAACAUGAGGCAAAGAGCAAAGGCUACACGCACAAUCCGUACAAUGGUGUUAUAUGCAACGAUAUCAUUUUAGCGACCGGCGUCUUCUCCUCCAAGGAGCUUUGGAAGCUCUCAAAAGCCUCGAUUCUCCAAGAGACGGGUUCAGAAUCUCCCAGUGGGUCCGGCGGCGGCAUUAAGCUGGAGUCCAGUUACUAUGGCUACAACAGUCCAGCGCCGCCCGCCUUUGAGCCGCCCACUGACCGGGGGACUCCCUCUACCAUGCUUGUUGGACAGUGUUUUAGCAUCCCACAUAGUUCAGCGGGUCUCAGUGCUGCCCAGGCGCCCCUGGUGCCUUCCAAUACGAUAUUUUACCAACAUGCACCACCUCCCACUGACACACAUCCUACUUACGUUUGCCUUUCAGCUUCUGAAGGUCUAUCAAGCCAGCACUCUAGCAAAUAUGAUGGGACGCCCCAGGAUUCGCUGGGUGACUUCGUCACGUUCGUUUGCCAAGAACCACCUACAGAUGUUCAGCAAUUACAAGUUCACACUUUAUCCAGAAGUCCAAAACCACCGUAUUUCAGCAGCUCCAUGCUACCACCACCACCUCUACCACCAAUGGCAAGGCCAGUUGCUAUUAUCAGAUCUACAGCAAGUGAAGUAGGUGUGGGUGGCGUAGGAGUGGGAUCCCCAUCAUCUCCCGAGGUGCGGUCUCCAAAUGGGUCUCCACGGCGUCGUAGUCCGCACCCCUACAGGGACUGCCAUCCUCCCAUCUCACACUUCAACCACUUCCACUCGCAGCCACAACAGGUGUUUAGCUACGGGUCUUUAGGUGGUGGGGCAGUGGUGUCUGGAGGAGGUGGGAGUUCGCCCCCGGGAGGCCUAGGGCUAUACGCACCUCGACCUCCACCUAGAGCACCACCAAGAUGGAAUGCUCCUUUUCCGACAUUAGAAGAGGAAUUUAAUAUUAUGACAGCACCAACGGGUCCAGACCACGUCGUUUUAUUGGAUGAUGAGGGCAACUUUGUUUUCACAGAGCGUUUCUUUCAAUCCAACGUAAUAACAUCGGACACAACAGCCAUGGACACCACCGGGACAAAUGUCCAAUCCGUAGUCGACACGGACGACAUUGCCCCGGAUAAGCCGGCACCAGAUCUUCGAUCACCGUGAUCCUUGCACGGUGCGACCGAGACGUCUGUUCAUGGCGACGGUUCGGCCGCAACAGUGCUAAGGUGGACCCCCGCGCCCCUCCCUCACUGGCGUCCUGUUACGCAUAGACACUGACCUCUAUUGUACACUGUACUGGCUUGAACGUUAAAAAAAAGCAGAAUUAUUAGUGCUACUAAUACUGUUAGGUUUCCACAACGUUUUAAAAAUCUAUCAAAUACAUACGUCUUUCGUGAAAGUUGUAUGUUGUAUAGUUUCUGCUUUAUUUUUUGGCCAGUUCAGCGUAUUUAGAUAUCCUGGUACUAACUACCCUCAUUUUCAAAGGAAAACAACAAAGAUUUAUAAAUACUGAAAUUCAAGUUCACCGACUCUAUCGGCCCUUUCUCUUUCUAAUUGUGGUUUACUCUGUGAUUAAACUACCUUAGGAAUAAGCGGGCCUGAAAGAAUAAGGAUAUCGUUAGAGGUCCAGACCACCGGACUGUCUUUCGAGUUUCAAUUUGAAAUCGAAUAUUUUCGUUUGACAAUAAAUUUAUUCGCUGUACAGAAUAAUUUUUUCUACGUAGUGUAUAUAUUUUGUUGGCAUUGUAGUUUAGUUGUGUGACUUUACCGACGUCACAUGUUGGUGACAACGCCAUCUAGUGGACUAUUUUAAUAACUGGUAAAUCUGUUACAAAAGUUAUAAAAACAAUUAUAUUCUAAUAUUUUUAUAGAAUAUAACGAAUAUGAAAAAAGCCUUCCAGUAAUUUAGUGAAUAUGUGAAAGUUACUGCUUUUAUCGUUGUUUUGCUGACCUUAAAGGCAGUUAAGAAAAAUGCUUCCAAUUGUCGAUUGAAAGUGUGAUACGUUGUUUUUGUUCUGUUUAAAAAUAAUUAGUGUAAGCGCAGUUUUAUUGAGAUUUUUAAUUUAUUGAACGAUUUGAGAAAGACGAGCCUUGCUUAAGAAUUUAAUUUACAUGUAUAUUUAGAAGCGGCUGUCACAUAUUUAUCAUUUUUUAAUCCGAUACGACAUUUCGCUUCGUAAAUUCCCCACAGACUGAUAAACAGAAGAUCUCAAAAGAAGUGUUCACAUUACUGCUUAGACUGUGGUUUUUAUAUCAGCGAAUUAUUACCAUCGAUAUCGGAUUAAACCGAUAAAUAUAUGAUAGAAGUAGAUCGACCUUUGUCGAGGGACAUAUAGGUGCCUUUCAUAACGUAUAAUAACUUUAUUAUUAGGACAUAAAAUGUAGUGUUCGUCAUAAAUCCAUCCGAUUUUGGUAGGUUUAUUUUGUAACCAAAAAGGUGAAAUGACUUUGAUGAUUUGAUUAAUUUAUAAGACAUAAAAUUACCACUAUUUUAAUAUGUUAGAUCUUAGGUAUAUGUAUCACUUGCCUAUUAUUAUACAUUUAUGUCAUGAAAGUAAAUUUUUAUUAUUUUAAUUUUGGAGUCAAUAAUUAAAAUGAAAUUAAAAGAGAACUAAAAGUAAAGUAAAAACGUCGUUUAAUAAUUUAUAAAAUUUUACGCCAUAUUUAUGUCUUUUGACUAACCGAACAAGAGGUCGAUUAAAAUACCUCAUAACAGUUAAGAACUGACUGGAAUCAUCAUUAAAAUAUGGGAAUAUACCGCAAUUACGCGCCAUAAUUGAAUCUGUGGCGAUUUAAUUUUGUUGCGUAAUUGCUUACACACAUAGUCAACUAUCAUAAACUUAAUUAUCAUGUCAAUCUUUUUGGUUACAAAAAGGCAGUAGUGCUUGUUAUAAAAUUAUUUAAAAUCAUGUUUUGGUUUUUUGAUUUCCCGUGGCCAUACAUGCUAGUCAUUAGUAUAGCAAUGUAAUGUACUUAAAGAAAAUAUUUACAAUUAUAGAUCCCCUUACGUAUAGUAAGGGGCGAUUGUGGCCAAAUUACACUUAAAUCUAAAUAUAUAUACACGGUUUGAUAGUUACGCUCGAACGCGAAGGCUUUGAAAGGUAUUUCUGUCUCUUACUGAGGGGGAUAGCGAUAGUUUGGAAAAACCUUUGUGUUCGAGUUUUAGUUUAAGGUGCGGUUGAGUUGACAGCGUUUUUGUUCAUAAUAAUCCUGCAGUGUGAUAUGAAUCUGCGAUCUCUAUAUCGCCGUCAUAAAACAACAAAAACAAUAUCUUGUAAUUCAUACAGCACUGCCUGGUUACAAAAAUUUCAGUCAACUUUUGGGUUCCUAAAAAUAUCCUUCUUUUACACGUCUUCAUUGAGGCACACAUUUUAUUAUAACUUUUAGAUUUAGCUAGAUACGCAAACUAAAACAAUAAACUUUUGGAUUAUACCUUGCUUUUGUAUCGUCGACGUGUGAGAGAAGGAUAAUUAAUACAGUUCAGUAGGUGCCAUGUAUACAGGCCAAAAGCUGCAGAGGAUUUUCUAAUCAGUUGCCCUUUUAUAGAGAACUAGUAUAGUGUAACGUAGCAAUAACUAACGAGCAAUAAAGAUUAUUAUAAAUCAGCUUUAGUGAGCUAGAAGUUAGUACGAUCGUAUGACACGCAAUAUUUUUUCUAUAGAAAGAGGUUGGAACGGAGUUCCCUGUUGAAUCAGUUUGGUACAAUUUAUAACUUAGCUGUUCCACAGACUAUAGAUAUAUUUAACAGCUACUAGUUGAAAUAGGAAGCGAAGAUUUAGUCAAUUGCUAGCUAUAUACAUUAGUUAUACCAGAAAUUAGGCGUCACGUAAUAAAGUUCGGACAUCACAAUUUCGAUCUAAACUAAUGUGACGAAUUUAAAAGCUCAUUGGUGCCGAAUAUUCUAGACUGUGAUUAAAAUUGUUCAUUCUGGACGUGUCUUAUAUUGAAAUAGUUGUUUUGUAUGAUUGGCGAUAACGCACGAUGUGCUAACGAAAAUAGAGAUUUAAAGAGUGCCUAGUAUGGGUUAAGCGGUAAUGGGUUAAUUUAGUCGUGACAUCAGCAUAUUUUAUACUUUUGACCUACGAUUUAUAUCUAUUGAGAUGGAGGCAAACACUAAUAAUCUAGACGAAGUUCUAAUACUGCAUUGAAUUAACCUUUUAAUAUAUUUUGAGUGAUACAGAAAUUUCAUGCGAUUCACAAAGUAAUACGUAUACACGUACGUACGCAUACGUAUUAAAAGUAACGGAGCUAUUACACCCAAAUCUAAAAUUUAUACAAAUAUGACCAGACGAUCGCGUUUAACUUCGAGGUAUAACUUAAAGCAUUAAACUUGAACUAACUUCUGAGCAUUGCAGAAAUGUUCAAUAAUCACGUUUCACUACUUGCAACUCACACUAGGCACUCAAAAACAUGUUGUAUGAAAUGCAUUUGUUGAAGCGGGUAAGUAAGGGAAACAGAGAUGUUAACUUUUUUAUUAACCGUGUCUGUAGGUUCCGUAGUAUUUAUUAAUAGCUUUGCAAUAGCGUGUGCGUGUGACAAAUUCAUGCGUCUGUGUGUUUGUCACAACACACAUUCGUUCUAAUUUUUAAUUAGCACCAUUGUUACGAUAUGGAGUAAUAAUUGAAAGCCUAAACAUUAUGUGCCUUAGAUACAACAAUAUUGUAUAUUUAUGAUGCGUUCUAUACAACGUGCUAACUAGAAAUAAAUGAUUAAAUUUACUUUAAAAGCCUGUACCUUCAUUGUUAGAUUUCAUUUCCGCGAAGGCUUAUGGAUAUUAAUUACUCACCCGACGCGUGAGAUGUUCAUUUGUUUAUCCCCCCUGGCUCCACAGCUCGAUAUCGUUGAGCACCCAGCAGUCUGGAAGUUUAUUUCGAAUCCAGAGUUGAACCUCGUCUUAAGUAUAUUACGGUUAAGUAACGCUUCUACGCGUAGUUUCGCUGAUUAAUGAAUACUUCUAAUAUAUUCUAUAAUUUUAGUAUUACCUACAUUGUACCCUACCCGUGUAUAUUUUACUGGCAUGUAUAUCUUAAUCUAUGAGAAUUUAGGCUCGCUUUUGUUUGAUUAGGUCCCUAUUUUGACUCCUGCGAUGCUUUUUAAUGAUUUCAAUACUCCGCUCUUAUUUCUGACGAUUAUAUUUAAAUAUAAAGAAACAAAAAUCCGUCUUUAUAAGUUUUGGAUUUCUCAAAUUGAAUAACAACAUACGUAAUUAAAGAUUAAUUAAGAAUAAUUAACCGUUAGAAGAAUACUCCUAGUUAUCGAUUAUGUUAGUUUGUCAAUUUAAUCGUGCAAUUAUGAAUUGUGUAGCGAAUUUAUUAAUUAUUUUUUAAGUAUUGUGUCCACAUUUUUUUGUAUGUAAAUAUUUUUUGGAGUGUAUUUAUAAUUUUCAUAAAGUAGACGAAAAAUAUUGUUUGUACUUACCAUUAUUUAAUUAAUUUCGUAGUAUUGUUUUGUCUCGUAUGCAUGUAUGAAUCAAAUGGCUUAAUAAAACACCAAUGGCUAAGUUAUUUGAUUUUUAUAUGAAACUUAAUUAAGGAUAGUCUUGUAAAAAUGUUAUAACAUGUAUUUUUAACCUAUACAUAGUAAGAUAUUUAUAGAAUUUUAGUCGUUUAAUUAUUUCGAACGACUUGUUAUAAAGAAAAUUGGUGCUUAAAGCUUAAAACAAAUAUGAGGCACAAGUUGCCAUGUGUGUAUUGUCAGGAGUUGGAGCAUUUUGACAUAGCAUGCGUUGUUAUGCUUGUAUUUUACGAUAAAUUGUUAAUAAAACCGACAGUGAUUAGUAAAGCCUUUACAAUUCCCGGCAAAUGGUCACUAAUAAAAUGCGCAGAAGUGUCUUUUCGAUUUUAUCCUACUAAAGGACAUGCGCGAACUUUUUUCUUUACCACGCAGUCUGGCCAAGUUGAAGUUGUGUAAUAUCAGUGUAAUAUCUACGCUCAAAGAAAUUGAAAAUACUGCCACCUAUCGGGCGUUUUUGGAAGCUCGCACGCACAAACUAGCGCACAAAGGCUAUAAACAAUUUAACGUAAAUAUACAAGCAAUUAUAAUAAUGUAGGUAAACUUUGCUCAAUAUCGAAGAAAACUGAAAAGUGUUACAGUUGAUGCAAUACAAAGAAACAAACAA